AUGCCAAAAGAAACAACGGAAAUUCACCAACGAUCGCAAAGAUCUGCCAAGUGUCCCGAAUGUGUUGUGAAUAAUACGUCCUACUGUUCUCACGCCAGAUCUAUUUGUAAUUUUCUUGGAUUAAAAGCACGUCCCUAUCCUGUAUUUCCAUCUUGGUUCUCUGAAGAAAUUCAAGAUCUCUCAUCUUUACAGCAGCAUGAUCUUUUCAGAGGUUUUCAUAACAUGCAAACGGAGUUUAUUCAAACUUUUCCAAAGAAUUAUAGACUUGAAACCAAAAGACAGCACUUUCUGAGUGACUUGAUCAUGUUCUUGAAUGAUAAGCUUUCCGAGUAUGAAAUUCCAAAAAGACUUUCGAUCGAUGUCAUCACUCGUAAUCAAAAGAAAAGACGUUCAUUGGGUUUAUCUGUACAUGAAGAAGAGCAGGACGUAAUAGAAGUUACCGAAGAAAGAGAUUCCAUGCAGGAUCAGAACGAACAGGAUCCACUUGUCAAUCCCAAUGGUGAUAGUGAUUCUCUUGUUGGAAGUUGUCAAUCUGAAGAGUCUUCAGAUGUGGAUGACAUGACCAUUAUCACUCCUGGAAGUGCUCAUACGCAACAUGCUCUUCCAUUGCCUCCUUCCGUACAUGAUCCAACACCUUCGAUCACAAUAGCUGUACAGUCUGAACCUUAUGGUAAACUUUUUCAUGUGAAAUUACCAUUGAAUAUGAAAACCUUAGACGGUUUAAAAAAAGAAAUCAAACAACAUUGCUGUAUCGUACAUGACGUUACCUUGUCCUAUGAGAGAAAUGCUCAAAGAUCCUCUCUUGUCAGUGAUAUGAAUGUCACUCUCAUGUUUGAAUAUUUUGCAAGAAUGCAACAAAAGAAUGACGAGUAUGAACCAAAAAUCUUUUUUUUGGAAGCUUUUUCAAACAUGAUGGGAAAAGAAAAUAUAUUUUCCUAUCCCAUUCAUUCAUUUUUACAAAACAGUUGUAAUCAAUAA